UACCCCAUGACAUCAUCUUACCAUCACUGGUUUGCAAGCAGUAAAUGAUGAUUUAGGCUGCCUCUCUUCAGCUGUGUGAACAAAAUAUUUCCAACCAACAACAGUAUUUUAGAGUUACAAUUAAUGUGUAAAGUAUCACAAAACAUAAAAAAUGGCAGCUAACAGUGAAUGGGGGUGACCUGCUCUUUUAGGAACGGUGACCUUCUAUGUGUGUCUGCCAGAGGCCCCUUAGCUCAUAAUUCCUCCCUGCUGCAAAUGAGGUCUCAUUUCACCCGCUGAAUAUCCUGUUUUUAGUAAACUCUUCACAUUCUGAGUUAUUGAGCUCUGACAAAUUGUUAGUAUUCCCUGUGUGCCAACAAAUAAAACCAAAGGGAACAACAGAACAAAUAUGUUCAUCAGUCUACCACACUUCUCUCUGCUAAGCUGAAUUAUCUCCCCGCUCUGAGGAAAUUGUAGCCUAACAUAUCUGGCCUCCCAUAUCAAAGAAAGGCAGUUUUUAAUUAGCCAGUGUUGGUUACUCUGAAUCAAUUACUGAUGCAUAGAAUAGGUCUCAUUCCUUCAUCAAGGAUUAAAUGAGUCUUCUGUAAUUGAAACACUAGCAGUAAUCACAUUAAAUCUUCUUUUUUUGUAUUUGGCAGCAUAUCACUGUAUUUCAAGGAAAACUCUCACCUGACUGACUCAGCUACCCCCUGAGGUAUGUUGUGUUGAAGAAACACCUAUGCAGGUGGAUCCUACACUAAUGAAUGUAGGGGAUGGAGGCACGGUGAGCAGAGAGAUCAGUGCUCCAAAAAAAGCGUCUACUAGUAUGGUGGGAAAUCCCCCCCAGACGCUGCCCCCUGAGUUUCGAGGAGAUGUUACCCUCAGUCAGCAAAACAAGACUACUCCAACAACAGACUGUAAGACAGCGAAAGCCUGCCUGGACACUAGUAAUUACAACCACAGCCCUGAGCUUUCUCCACCUCAGCAGCCCAACAAUGCACCGAUGUCAAGCUCAGCCCUCACCGGCUCAGAGAAGAAAGCAGACAAAGGGGCAGAGACCGCUAAACUCAAGGUCGACGGUGUUGGGGUCUUCCCCGCUACUCAGUGGUCAGGUGGCGUGAAAGUCAGCCGGGAGGGCUCACUCAACCCCUGUCACAGCAGUGUGACAUCCAGCAAGAAAUUACACCUGCAAACCCAAGCUGUGCAAAGUGUUCCACCUGGGUUUCAGUGCUCUACCAUGUUUAAACCACCCCAGCCUGUUGCCUUCCUUCCUUCUACAAAUUUUUCCUCCCCACUUUGUAAAAUCACUCUUCCACCAGCACUGGGUCAGAUUGCAGCUUUGAGAGAAGCUACAGCCAGUCAGUUUCAGAAAGAAAUUCAGCCUCAAAGCUCAGGGGUUGGAGGAACACCUCUCAUGCGUACCUAUCCCUAUCCGUUCUCUAUGGGCCGGGCACCAGCUGGAGAGAAAAAGCCAGGCACAUCGACCUCAAAACUUAAAUCUAACCUUUCAUCGAGUAAGAAUUCCAAAUAUGUAGGAGAGCAUAAAUCUUUAGCCUCAGUGGUAGCCUCACCAGCUAUCACCCUACCGUUGCAGCACCCAUCAUUAACUUCUGCAGCACCCACCCAUUACACGUUAUCUCCCACUGCUGCCAUUUGUUGUGGCCCUGCGCUGGCCAGCAUCACCUCUCAGAGCAGACUGCUAAACCAUGUGGAGAAAGGCAACAGCAUAGACAAGACAACCAUGGGCUCUCUUAAAACAACCUCGUCCUCUGCUUCAGAGGAACACACCGCUUGCCUAAUUGAACCAAGAGAUGUCCCUCUUGAUUUGUCUGCUAAAUCCAAACGUCCAAAAUGCAUAAAUGACCCCCCAGUGUCUGUGAUGGAGCCACAUAAUAACGAGUCAAAUCAGAGAGAUUUUCUGAACUCAAAGAGGACUCAUUCUACAACUUAUAACUCAUCUGUGCAAUACCCUAUUUUACUAAAUACCCACAGGAAUGGAUCUCAUCAAAAGCAUAUAAAUAAGCCUCAGAAUCACCAGGUUCCAGAGCCCAAACCAACCUGGGGUAAGGGAUCUUCACAAGACUCCAUAAAAAACAUUCCUGGAACCUAUGUAGGUGUGGCUAGCCCCAUACUGGCUUCAACUCUGCGGGGCAAAGAUGGAAAAGGGACUUUUGCUGAUGAAUUUCAAAGUUUUGCAAAGCAGGAGUUUAUAUCUAUAAUUGACCAAGGGGAACAUCUGGCCUCAGGAGGAAAGAAGCCAUCCUCUCUGAUGAAGGGCAACCAACAUGCUUACAGUGUCAAGCAUGUUAAAAACACCAGCACAGCCAUAGCUACGAAUUGUCCCUCUAAAGGAGCCCCGACAACUGCCCUGUCAAGCUCUGCCAGCACUCAGAUUCAUCAGAAAUCUGCACCUGGCAAAACAGCGGUGCCAUACUCUACCACUGUUGUCAGUCCGGUUUGGCAACAGCCUCCUCACGUUCCUCAUCAAGCCUCGUCUGUUCAGAGAAAGGUCACACAAGGAUCUCCGAAGACCAAGGGCAGCAGAGUUACAGAAGGAUCUAAGUACAUGAGUGCUCAUCAUAGCCCUUCCAAACAUGAGGAUGAUAAGUGGGAGAGAUUAAAGUCUCCCUUGUCUAACCUUGCAUCCAUUGUAAAGCAGCAGACUCUUGAAACCACAGCACUGGCAGCUGAGGGUAAUACUCAAGCCUCACCUGUCACAUCAAGAAAAUCUGAUGUUUUGAAUCCGCUCGCCGGGAGCCGUGACACCCAAUCCAAACAUUCUUCUGCUUAUGAGUACCCACCAUACUGGUCGGUGGAAAAAUGGCCUGGUGUGCUAUCUCAAGGGGAUCCAACUCAAGCUAUGAAAAGACUUGAGAAGGUGUACACCGCUGAGCCUCUGGAGAAUAACACUGAGCUACACACCAGUCAUGUAGAACACAUGGGACUACAAGUGAAGCAAGGCUCUUCAAAACCUGCUAGCCAGUCUUAUCUCUUUGGGAGCAAUGCAUCAGCAAAUGGGAAUAGGAUGGAGAGCAAACUAGCCCAGGUGUUAGAGGGGGAGCUACUGAAGAAAGAAAGUGGGGCGUCAGACAGUCCUCCCA